AUGCGCUGGUAUCUGUUUAACUGUGGUGAGGGGACCCAGCGCUUGAUGCAGGAACAUAAGUUGAAGGUCGCUCGGCUCGACAACAUCUUCCUGACGCGGAUGAGCUGGCAGAACGUGGGGGGGUUGUCGGGGAUGAUCCUGACCCUGAAGGACACCGGAGUCCCCAAAUGUGUCUUCUCUGGACCUCCACAGUUUGACAAAUACCUCGCUGCCAUCAAAUCGUUCUCAGGAUCACUGCAAGGGAUUGAAUUGGCUGUUCGCCCUUACACCGAGCCAGAAUACACAGACGAUACUAUGACAGUCUAUCAGGUGCCCAUAUUUGCGACAAUAAAGAUUAAGGACUCUGGUCGAAGGUCCCCUGGUAUAGAUGGGUUGCCGGUCUCAGCUGGUUCACACCCGAAUCGCUCACCAAAAAUUGAUGGGGAUAACCUUGAGGAUCUCCCGAAAGAGAAUUUGAAAGCAAAGCCAGAGAGAAGCCGAAAAAUAUCAUCAUCUAAGGAUUCCUCUUUGGUGAUAGCGUAUGUCUGUAAGGUUCAUCCGAAGAAAGGAAACUUCCUGGUUCUGAAGGCUAAGGAACUCGGUUUGCCUGUAGGCACCUCAGCCAUAGGCCCAAUUGUUGCAGCUUUGAAAGGUGGAAAGAGUGUAACAUAUGAAGGGAAGGAGAUUCGCCCUGAAGAUGUGUGCACGCCUUCUGACCCAGGUCCUACCUUCCUUGUGUUGGAAUGUCCGAGCGAGGAGUUUGUUGACCCCAUGUGUGAGAAUGAGAAGCUGUCCAGGUACCAGACCAGAGGAUCAGAAAGCCCACCUGCACUAGUGGUCCACAUUGUGCCUGAAGCUGUUUUAGAAAGCAACACCUACAAGGCGUGGAUGGAGAGGUUUGGGCCGACGACAGAACACUUGAUCCUCAAUGAGAACAAUCAGACGGUUCACAAUCUGCGGAGCCACAAGAUCCAGAGUCAGCUGCACCUCAUUCACCCCGAGUGUUAA